AGUCGGACGACGUUGACACGAGCCGCAUCCAACAGUGGACCUAACAACCUACCUACAUCCUUCUGCUAAAUUUCAACAGCCCAUUGUGGCCAGUCGGAACCAAUCUGAGACGUGUACUUGGAUUAGUUCGUUUUCGCACGAUUUUCUCCAAGUAGCCUGAAGAUUCAACAAUGACUGUCCUUUCGGGGCCCAGCUACGAAGCGUACUCAUGGGGAGCUCAAGGUAGCAGGUUUGGUAACCAGACGGUGGUGGACAAGGUUCCACCGGAUAUGCUCCAUCUGAUUGAUGCCCACUGGUACCAGUACCCGCCGUUAAACCCUCUAUGGCACACAAUUCUCGGCUUCGUGAUAGGAUUGCUUGGUUUCGUUUCCGUUUCGGGGAACGGCAUGGUUGUUUACAUUUUCCUUUCGACAAAAAGCCUGCGCACACCAAGCAAUUUGUUUGUAAUCAACCUUGCAAUCAGUGACUUCUGUAUGAUGUUCUUCAUGUCUCCGCCAAUGGUAAUCAAUUGCUACUACGAGACAUGGGUACUUGGACCUCUUUUCUGCCAAGUCUACGCGAUGUUGGGAUCUUUGUUCGGAUGUGGCUCCAUAUGGACGAUGACAAUGAUCGCAUUCGAUAGGUACAACGUGAUCGUCAAAGGUUUAUCUGGCAAGCCACUGACUAUUAACGGAGCUAUCCUCCGUAUACUGGGUAUAUGGAUGUUCUCGUUAGGUUGGACCAUCGCACCUAUGUUCGGCUGGAAUCGAUAUGUACCAGAGGGUAACAUGACUGCAUGUGGAACCGAUUACUUCAGUACAGACUUCUUAUCCGUCUCCUACCUCAUUAUGUACAGCAUCUGGGUAUACUUGCUCCCUCUGUUCCUCAUCUGCUACAGUUACUGGUUCAUCAUUCAAGCGGUCGCUGCCCACGAGAAGAACAUGCGCGAACAAGCGAAAAAGAUGAAUGUCGCUUCUCUCCGAUCAUCCGAAAAUCAGAACACCAGCGCCGAGUGUAAAUUGGCGAAAGUUGCGCUUAUGACCAUCUCUUUAUGGUUUAUGGCCUGGACACCCUAUUUGGUCAUCAACUUCUCUGGCAUCUUCAAGCUCGUUAAAAUCAGCCCGCUAUUCACCAUCUGGGGUUCACUGUUCGCCAAGGCCAACGCCGUCUACAAUCCAAUUGUUUAUGGAAUUAGCCAUCCGAAAUAUCGAGCUGCAUUGUUCGCGAAAUUCCCAUCAUUGGCAUGCAGCCCUGAACCAGCAGCCACGGACGCAACAUCAACCGUCUCUGGUACGACCACUGUCACGGACAGCGAAAAAUCAAAUGCAUAAAACAAUUCAACGCCGCCGCCGAAAUUCUGUCCGACCAUGUGACACGAAAGAUCAUGAUCGAUCGACAACUAAUCAAAUGCAUAGAUUCCAAAUAUGCCUGACUAGGUAAGGAUGACACCAACUAACAUUACAGACACGAUUUGUAAAUAUUAAUAUCGGUUAUAACAUUGUGAAAUACUUUUUUAUCGACAACGGGAACAUCUUCGAAAUGAAAAAAUAUCGAAUCGUAAUUCGACGAUUCGACAGAAAAGCGAACCCAGUAUGCGGAAUUGUAUUACGUGAUAAUA